UCCAAAAAUCCUAAGAGACCCAGCAAUCCUAAGAGACCCAGCAAUCCUAAGAAGUUCAAUCCAACUUCUUUCCCCCAUCACAGCAAGAUGCUCACUGGCAGAACUCAUGAACUUCCACAGAAGUCUCUCCAAAUCAAGGAGGAUGACAAGUUCUUCUCUAGGCUCCUAACCAAGGAGAGCUCCAUGGGUAGUUCUUCCUUUAGAGUCUACUAUGGAGGUGCAACAGGUGCAGUUCCAUUCUUGUGGGAGUCUCAGCCAGGUACACCUAAACACACAUUCACUGUUACCUCCCCCCCUCCUCUCACCCCUCCUCCUUCCUACCAUUCUCGUUCCAAGCACAAGCAAGUACUGAAAAAGCCUUCAAAAUCCAACCUAUUGAACAUCAUAUUUCCAUGGCUUUCUUUGAAGAAAACCCAAGUUUCAUCAUCUCCUUCUUCAUUGUCAUUGUCCUCAUCAUGUUCUUUUUCUUCAUCAUCAUCAUACUCCAAUCGAAUUUCGAGUUCUGGAUUAUCAUCAUUUGAUUCUGGGAUAGAUGAUGAGUAUCAAGGAUUUGGAUCUCCUCCUUCAACCUUACGCUUUGGUAUGGGUCGAGAGAGUAGGGCUCAGUAGCUGCAACAACAUGAUGAUCAUGAAGAAUGGUUUCUUAUCAAUUGUUGGUAAAAAAUCUGCAAGAGGUACUAAUAAUGGUUAGGUGAUGAUUACAGUGUUUAUGUCGUUAUUUAUUUAUUGUUAUCCAUUUAUGAGUCUCCUUGUUCUUGUUUGAGAUAUUAAACGUGCGUACAGUGGAAAGUAUAGACGCUGAUAUUGAAAAAUAACAGGAUUCAUGAUGGAAUGAAUAUUACUAAUGUUCUUUCAA